AUGCUGGGCCGGACCCUCCGAGAAGUUUCUGUCGCACUGAAACAAGGCCAAAUUACUCCAACUGAGCUCUGUCAAAAAUGUCUCUCCCUGAUCAAGAAGACCAAGUUUCUAAAUGCUUACAUUACUGUAUCAGAAGAAGUGGCCUUAAAGCAAGCUGAAGAAUCAGAGGAAAGAUAUAAGAAAGGUCACUCACUUGGGGAGUUAGAUGGAAUUCCUGUUGCAGUAAAAGACAACUUUAGCACAACUGGCAUUAAGACAACAUGUGCAUCAAACAUGUUGAAAGGUUAUGUACCACCUUAUAAUGCCACAGUAGUUCAGAAGCUAUUGGAUCAGGGAGCUCUACUAAUGGGAAAAACAAACUUAGAUGAAUUUGCUAUGGGAUCUGGUAGCACAGAUGGUGUAUUCGGACCAGUUAAAAACCCAUGGAGUUAUUCAAAACAGUACCGAGAAAAAAGGAAGCAGAAACCCCAUGACGAGAACGAGGACACAAAUUGGCUUAUAACGGGAGGAAGCUCCGGGGGGAGCGCAGCCGCCGUAUCGGCAUUCACAUGCUUUGCGGCUUUAGGAUCAGAUACAGGAGGAUCAACCAGAAAUCCAGCUGGCCUCUGUGGAGUCGUUGGUUUAAAACCAACCUAUGGCUUAGUUUCCCGUUACGGUCUCAUUCCCCUGGUGAAUUCAAUGGAUGUGCCAGGAAUCUUAACCAGAUGCGUGGAUGAUGCAGCAACUGUGUUGGGUGUACUGGCUGGGCAUGACUGCAAAGAUUCAACCACAGUACAAGAUCCUGUUAAAUCGUUUAUACUUCCCAGUUUGACAGAUGUAAGCAAACUAUGUAUAGGAAUUCCCAAGGAAUAUCUUGUACCAGAAUUAUCGAGUGAAGUGCAGUCUCUUUGGUCCAAAGCCGCUAAGCUCUUUGAGUCUGAGGGGGCCAAAGUAAUUGAAGUGUCCCUGCCCCACACCAGUUACUCAAUCGUCUGCUACCAUGUACUGUGUACAUCAGAAGUGGCAUCGAAUAUGGCAAGAUUUGAUGGGCUGGAGUAUGGUCACAGGUGUGACAUUAAUGUGUCUACUGAAGCCAUGUAUGCUGCAACCAGACGAGAAGGCUUUAAUGAUGUGGUGAGAGGAAGAAUUCUCUCAGGAAACUUUUUCUUACUGAAAGAAAACUAUGAGAAUUACUUCAUCAAAGCACAGAAAGUGAGACGACUCAUUGCUAAUGAUUUUGUGAAUGUUUUUAACUCUGGAGUGGAUGUCUUGCUAACUCCCACCACUUUGAGUGAGGCAGUGCCGUACGUGGAGUUCAUCAAAGAAGACAACAGAACUCGAAGUGCCCAGGGUGAUAUUUUUACACAGGCUGUAAAUAUGGCAGGGUUGCCAGCAGUGAGUGUCCCUAUGGCCCUCUCCAACCAAGGGUUGCCAAUAGGACUACAGUUUAUUGGACGUGCGUUUUGUGACCAGCAGCUUCUUACAGUUGCCAAAUGGUUUGAAAAACAAGUACAGUUUCCUGUUAUUCAACUUCAAGAAAUAAUUGGUGAUUGUUCAUCAGUCUUUGAAAACGACUUAGCUUCUGUUUCUGUAAAACAGUAG